UUGCAGAUUAGGAAACAGGCUCCAUUGAGGCUCAAACCCACAAGUGUUGUUAGGCUUGUGUAGAGGACCGACUGGAGCCAAAAUGGCGUCUAAGUAACACAGCUUCCUGACCGCGGUUGUCGACAAGGAAGUCGAGUUACUCCCAAACCUGAGACAGUUAAGAGAAUCUAAGGAUGGCCCGGGUGGUGUUUCUCCAUCCGGAUCUUGGUAUUGGAGGUGCAGAGAGGCUAGUGGUUGAUGCUGCUGUUGCCCUGAAGUCCCAGGGAUGCAGCGUGCAGAUCUGGACGGCCCAUCAUGACCCGACACACUGCUUCUCAGAGACCUUGGACCCAGACCUGCAUGUGGUAUGUGUGGGUGACUGGUUACCCACCAGUGUGUGUGGCUAUCUGCAUGCCCUGUGCGCAUACAUACGGAUGAUCUAUGUGGCCCUUUACUUGGUCUUCCUCAGCGGUGUGGAUUAUGAUGUCAUCUUCUGUGAUCAGGUGUCGGUGUGCAUACCUGCUCUGCGACUGUCUCGUCGUCGGAAGAAAGUUCUGUUCUACUGUCACUUCCCUGACCAGCUGCUGACCCAGAGGAAGUCAGCCCUGAAGAAGCUUUACAGAGCUCCCAUUGACUGGCUGGAGGAGCGCACCACUGGCAUGGCUGACAUGAUUCUGGUGAACAGCCAGUUUACUGCAGGCGUCUUCAGGGAGACCUUUGGAAGUCUGAGCAGAGUCCGGACGGACGUCCUCUACCCCUCUCUCAACACCGCCGCCUUCGACCGGUCCUCCGCCGAAGCUCACGGCCUGCAGGGCCUGCUUCCUGAGAAAACGUCCCACGUGUUUCUGUCUCUGAACCGAUACGAGAGAAAGAAGAAUUUGGGCCUGGCUCUGAAGGCUCUGGCGGUUCUGAGGUGCAGCCUUCCAUCAGCUAAGAGAGCUGCUGUUCACCUGGUGGUAGCGGGAGGCUACGAUGAGCGCGUUACUGAGAACGUUCAGCACUACAUCGAGCUGAAAGAAUUAGCCGAGCAGCUCCACUUGGAGGACUGUGUAACGUUUCUGCGCUCCCCCUCUGACUCCCUGAAGGUGGCGCUGUUGCGGGUCAGCACCGCCGUGCUUUACACCCCUAGCAGAGAACACUUUGGGAUAGUUCCUGUUGAGGCCAUGUACUGCAGCUGUCCUGUUAUUGCUGUGAACUCCGGGGGUCCCCUGGAGAGCGUAGUGGAUGGAGAGACGGGCUUCCUGUGCGAGCCCACUGCCGACAGCUUCUCCAAGGCCAUGGAGAGGCUCAUCGGGGAGCCGCAGCUCUGCAGGGACAUGGGCCAAGCUGGGAGGAGGAGGGUGCAGGAGAAGUUCUCUCUGCAGGCCUUCUCAGACCAGCUGUAUGAGUACAUCAUCAGGCUGAGUCAGUGAUGGAAUAACAAGUGUGAAACUGCACAGCUGCAGAGAGAUGAGUGAAUGUGAAGUGAGAUAUCGUGGGGAUAAUUAAGCAUCAUUCCUUUGUGGAGGUUGCUGAGAGGGAGGAAAAGGCAGGAAUUCCUGCACCAGUUAAGAAACGAGACGUUACUAUCCCGUCUUUGGAAAAGAUCUUCAUUCCAAACGUGCGUGUGGUUACCCGGAGCCUGCAGUACGGAUCGAUUAUCAGAGGGGAAAUGUUUUGCACUGUUUGUGUUUUUCUUUUCUUCAGAACUCCUUUGCUUUUGAGUUUUAAGGGAUGCAGAAGAAGAAUGCCGUUAACGCCACGUGCCAUCGGGCAGCACACCGUUUCGGAUCAAUACGCUGGAUGCUUUUCCCACUCUGUCCGGAGCUUUGUUCCUGUCCUCGCAUUGAGAAGACGUUGGCCUGCGUGUGACUCCUGCAGCUGAGUGGAGGUUAUUAGUAGAUGAUGGAGUUUUUGGCUUCAUUAGAGGUCUGGCUGAUGGGCAGUGUGCCUGUGUCUGUGUCAUUAUCAAUGAGGAGAAUAGCAGAAGGUCAUUGUCUGCGCGGCGGCCUCUUCAGCCCUCCUACUGUAGAAAAAUGCUCUUAUUGACAUUCUGGAGUCUUAAUAAACAACAUAGUUUGUUACGAGUCCUACUUUGUCGGUAAGCUUUUGGCCUUUAAUAGGCUUUUGUGGGAGGAACAGGACCAUUGUUGAUGCGUUCGAUUGUACAUUGAAUUGCUGAAUAAAACAUUUUGAGACAAAA